UCUGACCACUUCACGGUGACGGCUGAAUUCGAUCUCCCCCUCUCCCAUGCCCGCUUUGUCCCCCGGCCGCUCUGGGGAGACGCGAACUGGGACGAGUACGAGAAGCGCAUGAUGAAUGCGCUCCGUCACCACCCUAUCCCCCACCAUCCGGAAGGAUGGACGGAAGACCAAAUUGAUGGAUACGUGCGGUGGAUGGUGGCGACCACGCAAGAUGCUCUUCGAGCAACAGUGCCUCUAUCCAAGCCCAGCCCGUACUCGCGCCGGUGGUGGACCAGGGAGCUCACAGCCCUGCGCAAAGCGAUGAACCGGACUCAACGCAGCUGGCAGAAGCGCGGGAAGGUCGAGGACUGGACGGCAUGGCGAACAGCGCGGAAGCAGUAUCGC